AUGUUUAUUGAACAACAAUUAGAUACCGGGAGGGUUAAACAGAUUACAGAAAAUAGAAACAAAAUUAAACCAAUAAUUGAAGCUAUUCUAUUAUGUGGGCGUCAGAACAUUUCUCUACGUGGGCAUCGAGAUGAUGGACGUUUAGUUAUCACUAAAUCUGAUGACAAUGAUUUAAAAAAUAAUGAGGGAAACUUUCGAGAAAUUCUUCGUUAUAGAGCUCAAGGAGAUUUAAAUUGA